AUGGCGACAAACUCUUCCCCAAACAAAAUCCCUGAAUCCUUGUUACACGCUACCAACGAAUCGUUUACUCGAGAUCCGCCAAUCACAGAAGAUAUUGCGCCCGGUGACUUUUUCGAUGAUCCUAACUAUCUCCAAACUUUGCCGCAUAAUGCGAAAGUUAUGGUCUGUGCCAUUCAGCAUGCAGGAGAUAACCCCAAUCGCCCUGGCAUGUGCCAUAUCCAGUCGGAAAUGGCUCUCGCUAGAUACAAACUAAACCAGAGUGACACUGAUCUCUCUAUGGCGUUUGCCCUAGAGGCCCUGUCUCUCCGCUAUGUCCCAGAUUCGAGCCCAGGUCGAGGAAAGUCCAAUCACCACAUGGGCACAUUGUACCAAAUAAAAUGGGAAAGGGACAGGAGAAAUAAAGACCUGGACGCUUCCGUCAGACAUUACAAGUUAGCGGUGAAAACUGCUCAAGAGGCAGACGAGAUACUUCGUGAAUGGGCCUGUGACGUUGGUAUCAUGUACGUGGAGCGCUAUAGACAGAGAAAAGAAAUCAUUGACAAGGAAAAUGCACGAGUGUACUUUGACAAGGCCAUCGAGCUCACGGGACUGUCUCCAAUACGCGCCCGACAUCUCUCCAACAAGGGCGACUUUCUACGUCAGACUAUAUCCGGGGAGAACGAGAAGAGUGAAGUGCAGCUGGCAGAAUGUAUCGCGAUCCAUGACCUUGCGAUCGAGAUUUGUGAUGAUAACCCAGGUCGCUCAUCAAAACCACAUCUUCCGUAUGGCAUGAUUCAUCGGAAUGCGGCGGCGGCUUACAAUGCGCGCUUCACAAUCUGCAAGAAAGAGGAAGAUGGUACUAAAGCAUCUUUCCUACUGAAGAAGGCAAUCACGUUCGAAAUUCCAGAAACUCUGGAAUGGCAGCGAUUUCAAAAUGAACUUGCCAAUUUGGAAAAAUUGAAGGCGGAGAUUCUGGGCGACUCCGACGCAGAUCAGAAGGCCUGCGAUGUGUGGAGAGAAGUCAUUGAAGAUUAUCCCGAUGCUCUGAAACCAAGAGUCUGUCUCGCGGAAGCUCUGCAGAAAAUUGCGGAGAAAACAGUCGAUCGCGACCUGGCACACGGCAUUUUGCUGGAGGCAAUAGAUGUCACCGAAGACAAGGCGAGGGCAUUGCCACCAGGUCAUCGAGAUUCUGAGUCGGUUUUCCUCUGCUGCGCUACCACGCACUACGCUCUUUAUGAAGUUGCUGGCGAGACUAGCAAUCUCGACAAAGUAAUUGAGUAUACAAAAACAGCAACCAAUGGUCAGAAUAGCAUCGAUCUAGCAGCCCAGUCUCGGCUACGUGCUCUGGCCCUGAUAGAGCGAUACGAACGGCUCGGUCGUCUCUCGGAUCUGGUGGAAGCUGAUUCUGUGGCUGGAAGGUCUUUUUCCCAAUGCAGACAGGAUGACGCUAUUAGCCAAGGAUGCUGUUUAUGGGUGACUGGUAAAGUCAGUCGCAAAUUGUACGACCUGACGCAAAAUGCAGAGCUUCUUCAGAAGGCAUGCAGAACAUUUCAAAGGACCUGCGAACUCAUGCCUAAAGACCUUUCGUCUCGGCCACUCGCGUUGAAUGAUUUAGGUAAUACUUAUGUGAAGUUUUUCAAUCUUCACGCGUUACCUGAUCAUUUGGAAAAAGCCAUCGAUGCAUAUAAGGAAGCUCUGACCCAAUUAGAGAGCCUGAAUGGAGGUGAUCAGCAUAGAGAUACCUUCAUGAUAACCGCCGCUCUCGGCUCGGUCAUGGUUCAAAGAUUCCUCCAUUGGAGGGCGGAUAGCGACAUCGAAUCCGCAGUGAGAUACUACAGAAAAAGUCUCUCUCGAAUUGAUAAUGAAGAUCCUAGAUAUGCCAUGCGUGCGGCAAAUUUGAGUUAUGCGCUCCAGCUUCAAUUUGAGGUCAAAGGAAACAUCAAAGAUCUGACAGAAGCGCAACAGAUAGCCAUCACUGCGCUUGACGGACCGAUUUCGCUAAGCGAUGACUUGAAAAUUGGACUGCUUACUCUCACCGGCGAUGCUUACCAAAGUUCGUACAAGUUAACAGCACAAAUGGCGGACCUACAGAAAGCGAUAGAAACCUAUGACAAGACCCUCACGCUGCAAAGCUUCCCAUCAUCUUCGAGGCGUGGGAUUUUGCUCCUCAACAAGGCUACCGCCCUCGCAGCCAUUGCCAAUGCUACCGGAAAUUUUUCCGAUUUCGAUACUGCUGAAAGAGCCUUGCAAGAAGCGAGUAGCGUGAUGCCUGAAGGAAAUCCACUAUACUGGACAGUAAUGCAGCGACACGCGAAUGUCCUUUAUGAGAUAUCCAAGUUCUUCCCAGGCCCUACCACCAUCGGGUAUGCAUCUAAAGCACUUGAAGCUUACGAGCGCCUUGCACGUAUGACUUCGCACCCAGUAUCCGAUCGCAUUCAUGUUGCAUCCAUCGCAGCUCAGAUUGCCAAUGACCUUCUGGAGGAUCCAGUACGGGCUCGUGAUAAUAUUUUGAUCAGUCUUGACCUUCUACCAGAGGCCGUCCUAUUACACGAGAGUCGAUUGGCACAGUUGAAAUUUGUUAGGAAAUACCAGUACAUUCCAGGCGCCGUGGCUGCCUUAUCACUCAAGGCUGGAGAUCCGCCAAGCACUGCUAUUCAACGUCUAGAGUCUGGGCGAGCCUUCAUUUGGGAUCGCAUUCAGGGUCGGCCGAGCGAGCUUGAUGACCUUCAAGCUGAGAGACCAGAGCUAGCUGGGCGGUUCCGCACACUGAGACUGCGAUUGUUUCAAAAACCGGCGUCUUCAAGUUCAUUGAACGGGGAUUCGGCUACGGUUGUUUUUCUCGAGGAUGAAAAGCGAUUGAACUCACACAAUAACGCCAAUACAUAUCGCCAAACUCUGGAAGAAAUAAGACGGUUGCCUGGUUUUAGCUCGUUCCUGAGGACCUCGAAUAUCCCGGCGGGUAUUCAGUCUUACUCCACCGGUGCUCCAAUCGUCUUCAUCAACGCAAAUCCCUAUCAGAGUGACGCUAUUAUAGUGACUGAUCAGGAUAUCAAACAAGUUCCUCUUCCAGACUUCAGCAUGGAGGAAGUCCAGAAAUAUGCUUUGCGCUUUGCCGUCGCACUUCAUUAUCUCGGGAAGGGUGACGACCACCAGAAAGCACUCGCCGAGUACCAGGUAAUUAUGAAGUGGCUCUGGAAAGCGGCUGCUAAACCCGUAAUGGAUUCCAUUGACUGGGGGAGAUAUCAGCAAGAUUCAUUCAAGAAACCCCGGAUAAUAUGGGUUUCGGCGGGGUGGCUAAGCAUUCUUCCAAUCCACGCGGCCGGGGAUUUUGAAUCGCAGAAAUCUCCAGGCACCACCGAGUCUAGAUGCGUCCAUGAUAUUGCUGUAUCUUCAUAUACCAAUUCCUUGAAGGCUCUUGCCUAUAUCAGACAAGGUGCUUCCAGUCGCAAAAGAUCGCAAUCCCACACCAAUGAACGGGCUCUCGUGGCAGCGAUGGCCCAAACUCCCGGCCUUGGCUCUGAGGGCGACUUGAACGUCACAUCUGAACUCAAUGCAAUCGAAAAUGUUCUCUCGCCCUAUUUUGAUGUCAAGAUCCUCAUGCAACCCAAUACGCCUAGUGUCAAAGGAGCUUUAUCACCAGAAACAACGAUCCUUCACUUUGCUUGCCACGCUAGGGCUGAUGGGGAUGACCCGUCCCGAAGUGCAAUCAUGCUACAGGAUUGGCAAAAAAAGCCUUCUCCAUUUUCAGUGCGAACACUUCUUAAUCUGGAUCUCAAGAGCUGCGAGUUAGUUUACCUUUCUGCAUGCGAAUCCGGGGUGAAUAAAGACGUAUUGUUACGAGAUGAGGGUAUUCACGUUGCUGGUGGCUUUCACAUCGCAGGAGUUUCACAUGUGAUUUCUACUUUGUGGAAGGUGUCAGAUGAUAUUUCGACGGAACUUGCGGGUAUAUUCUAUUCCAAUUUAAAACAAAAUGGGCAGGAUCGCAUGGAUCUGGAUCGAGCACCAUAUGCUCUUCAUGACGCAGUUGGGGCACUGAGGCAAAGAGGUGUGCAUCCGAUGCUUUGGGGUGCUUUCAUUCAUUCAGGUCCCUGA